AUGAUGAACCUGGUCGUGAACAUCUCUUCCUUCCAGCUUGACAAAGCACAAAUUAGUGUGCUAAGCCGUGGCCUAACAUUCUGCCCUACAACAUCAAGGGACUGGUUCGAGUUUGAGCUCGACUUACAAAAGUUCUUUAGACGCUUGAGACUGAAGGCUUUUUUUUCAGUUAGAAAUAUUGAUGUACCUAUUAGUCAACUUGAUGUUUCCACUGAUACCUUAAUGUGCAAAAACUUCGAUUUACGCAAUAAAAGUCACUUUACUCCACCGCAAAACAACCAUGUGAUUGAAACCUACAUCAGCUUUGUCAGGAAACGGAUCGAGCAAUUGAGGGUGGAGGGAACCCACCAGUUCAAACACAACCUAUCUCAAGAUGAGAGGCGGGCUGUUCUUGAACUGGAACACAACAAGCAAUUGACGAUCAAGCCAGCUGACAAGGGGGGCGCCGUGGUCGUGAUGGACACCUGUAAAUAUAUUGACGAGAUCAAAAGACAGGUAGGAGAUAUUAAUGUCUAUGAGAUGUUGGGCAAGGAUCCGAGGUGGGACAUAGCAGAUAUCAUAGGGGUGUUAUUGGAUGAGGCUCUUAGUCAAGGAGUCAUUGACGAUGAACUAAACAGCUUUCUGCGGCUCCUGAUUACCCAACACAAUGAUAAAUAUGGAGGCUCGGACAGGGAAACUGUUAGAAACACAAAUGAAAAGAUGAACACAACUGUGAUCUCCGGAGAAGGCACCACUUUCCAAGUUCAAGACGUCACCACUAGAGAUACCACUUGCUCCCCAGAUUCUCUUUUUUCCAGUAUCAGCAUCAGCAGCUCAGAAAAUGAGAGAGAGACAUGGCACCACUCUGCCAACCCAAGAACUACCAUUCUCCUCUCAUUACUUUACCUGGCCCUCCUGACUUUCUUUGGCAGUGCAGUCCUCUUGGCGGAGAUGCGUCAUCACAACCCUCAAACACACAAUGUCCAGGGAUUUCUCACGGUGCUCAUGUUGUCCUCCUCAGCUUGGAUGCUAUGGUUUGCAUGGACAUCUGCCAAAAAUAAAAAAAUAAAAAUGUAUCAGGAUUACCAGGCUGGGGCUAGCUGGCUGAAAGGUGGAUUGUGCCUUUUUGCUCUGGCGACACUUGUCCUAGACUGUUUAACACUCGGGUAUUACCAUGAACUGCAUCAAUGUACCCCAGUAUUGGUGACUUCAUUCCCUAUUGUCCAGGCUGUCUUCACAGUGAUACAGGUCUCUCUUCUUUCAUUUUACGCUAAAAUCUGCAUACAGGAGAAGCAACAGUUAAACAGGUUCGGCCUUAUGCAUGCACUAGCGACAAAUAUAUUAAUGUGGAUGAGUGUUGUCCUAGACGAGUCUAUGAAGCACCUACAAGAAAUUUAUGAUAUUCAAAAAAAGAAGAUGAACAUCUUGGAACCGGCUGGGGUUCACGUAAACAGCUGUGUCUGCACCACAGACCUGUGCCACAUCUUCUCUGAAGGAGCAGACUACUUACACCCUUUCAAUAUAGAGUUUAGUCUCUUCUCGUCUACCAUGCUCUACGUCAUCUGGAAGAACACAGGGAAGACAAGCUGUACUGCAGCAGUCUCGGGGCACAGCAAAGGCACUCUUCAUAUUAAUGGAGCAUUCGUAGGUCUGAUCCUGGGAGCAUUUGCCAUCUCAGCUACUUUUGGAGUCAUGAUUAGCUUUGGCGUCCUUGCUAAGUCACCUGGGACUGUUCCUGAGGCGUUGCGUAUCUAUUACCUUUUCAACUCAGUCCUCCUGUCUGCAAUGUUCAUUGCCUCUGUCAUUGGCAUCAUAACAUGUAGGCUGCAGAAAGGUUUUCGCGUUGAUGACGUGUCUAAGAGCGUGGUGAGAAGCCUGGACAUAACUCUUCUUAUGGGAAGUUCUUGUGGUCCGUUAUUGGUAUCCGUUUUCUCCUUAGUGGCCAUAUUCUUCCUGCACAUUGAAGGGAACCUAUACAUUCUGGAUCUCUGUUUUUCUCUCUGUAAAACUGUUCAAGUCCUUGGCCAGAAUCUUUUUAUAACAGAAGCCCUUUACUCUGGGCCGGUGCAGAAUAAAACCACUGCAUCCAAUGCCUGGGUCUACUCCAUAUCCCAGGUUCCAGCCAAAGAGAGCAUAAAAGGUGAAACAAGCAACUUGCCCACUGAGUAUGACCAUGUAAGCUUAAACUCAGAGCAUGCAGCAAGCGUAAAGAGCUCCAAAACUUUGAUGGACUUGUGUACAGAUGUGCCAAAAAAUCGACAAUCUAGAACCGGUGUGGCAGAGAUUACCCACAACAGUCACAUUGUUAAGAAAGAGGACAAAGUACCAUUUAUUAGAACUAGAAGAAAGAUUCUGCAGAACAUAUCCAUCCUAUUAAUCUGCUACAACAUAUCGGUCUGGAUUUUAUACGCUUAUGGCACCCGGCCACACUUGGUGAGCCAAAUAGAGCAGUCCUUCUACGGCUUCACGCUCUGGGUCAUCAUUGUAAAAAUUUCUCUUCCGCUGGGGAUCUUCUAUCGUAUGCACUCUGUGGCCAGCUUGUUUGAAGCCUAUUGUAACAUAUGUGAAGCAACCGCUUGA